AUGAUAAUUUUGUCGCUGAGACAAUUCAAUUGCAUAUCUCAUCUCUCAUCUCUCAUCUCUAUAGCGACUGUCGGAUUUGUCGAGGUUGAUCAGCAUCUGCUUUGCUUUACUAAACUCCCUUACAAGUAUCUCCCCAGCGCAACACCCAAAAUGCCCACCUUCCAACUCACCACCACCCUUCCCUUCACCGCCUCCCAGAAGGCCACCCUCGCCGAAAACAUCACAAACAUCCACUGCACGCUCACCGGCGCCGACCGCGUCGCCGUGCAGGUAAUCUUCCGGCACCUGGCCCCCGAGGAUCACUACCACGGGGGCCUACCCACGGCUGCCGCCGUCGGAACCCUCAUCUGGGUGCACACCAUCUGCAAGAGCGGCCGCACGCAGGAGGCCAAGGACAGAAUCAUGAAGGAUGUGCUGGAGAUGAUUGCCAAGGAGGCCGGUGUGGAGAAGCGCCAGAUCCUAUUCUAUAUGCAGGAGAUUGAUAUUGAGAAUACGUUGCAGUUCUUUGACGAGCUGAGUUUGGCGAGGAGGGAGUAG